AUGCACGUCUCUAAGAAACUCGAGCUGGCUCACCAGCAGAACAAGCCAACCUUCUCCUUCGAGUUCUUCCCUCCCAAGACGGCGCAGGGCGUUCAGAAUCUGUACGACCGCAUGGACCGCAUGCACAAUUUGGGCCCGACUUUCAUCGACAUCACCUGGGGCGCAGGUGGGAGGCAUUCCCAGUUGACCUCCGAGAUGGUCAAUGCUACUCAGAACUACUAUGGAUUGGAAACUUGCAUGCAUUUGACCUGCACGGACAUGGAACGACAUCAGGUCGACGAAGCUCUUCGUCGCGCAUACAAGGCGGGUUGUACAAACAUCCUGGCGCUCCGUGGGGAUCCGCCCAGAGACCAAGAAAAGUGGGAGGCAAAAGAAGGUGGUUUCCGGUAUGCAAAGGACUUGGUCAAAUACAUCAAAGCAAGAUACAGUGACCAUUUUGAUAUCGGCGUCGCCGGCUACCCCGAGGGCUGCGACGACCACAGGGAUGUGGACCUUCUGAUCGACCACCUCAGGGAAAAGGUUGACGCUGGAGCUAGCUUCAUCGUGACACAAAUGUUCUACGAUGUCGACAUCUUUCUAGAUUGGGUGAAGAAGUGCCGUGAUCGAGGAAUUAGUGUUCCCAUACUUCCUGGGAUCAUGCCCAUCCAAACCUACGCUGCGUUUCUGAGAAGGGCCAACUGGACGAAAUGUCACAUCCCGCCUGGAUGGUUCGAGGCGUUGGAGCCGGUCAAGAACGAUGAUGCUGCUGUCAGGGCUAUUGGAAAAGAUUUGGUAGCUGACAUGUGCCGCAAAAUUCUCGACUCCGGAAUUCAACAUCUCCACUUCUACACCAUGAAUCUGGCGCAAGCUACUCGGAUGGUUCUGGAGGAAUUGUCCCUGACGCCUGAAACUUCCGGAAUGCCCCUUGAGAAACCUCUACCCUGGCGCCAGUCUCUGGGAUUCAAUCGCCGGGACGAGACGGUUAGGCCAAUAUUCUGGAGAAAUCGCAAUGCAUCAUACAUCAGCAGGACAGCCGACUGGGAUGAGUUUCCUAAUGGUCGCUGGGGCGAUAGCAGAUCUCCCGCCUUUGGGGAACUGGAUGCUUACGGCAUCGGGUUGAAGGGCACAAACGACGCCAACAUCAAGUUAUGGGGCAAACCACGAUCGCUUCGCGAUGUUACAGGUCUUUUCGUUCGCUUUCUGCAAGGUGACCUGGACCGACUACCAUGGAGCGAAGGUGGCAUCUCUGCUGAAGCCGACAUCAUCAAAGAUGAUCUGCUACAAUUAAACAAGCACGGAUUUUUGACCAUUAAUUCUCAGCCCGCAGUGGAUGGUGCGUCUUCCACCCAUCCAGUUUAUGGAUGGGGUCCUGCAGGCGGCUGGGUUUACCAAAAAGCAUACCUGGAACUGCUUGUCUUCCCCUCUAUGUUCGAGACGGUGAUGGAACGACUCAAUGCCGACAAAAAUCUCACCUAUUACGCGGUGAAUCGAAAAGGCGAACUGUACACAAACACUAAAGACGAAGGUCCAAACGCCGUCACUUGGGGCAUCUUCCCAAACCGGGAGAUUGUGCAGCCAACCAUUGUGGAAACAGUCUCCUUCCUGGCCUGGAAAGACGAAGCGUUUCGUCUCGGGCAGGACUGGGCCAAGUGCUAUCCCGCGGGAUCCGGAAGCCGAAAGUUGAUCGAGAAGAUCAUGGACGAGUGCUACCUUGUCAACAUUGUCAACAACGAUUUCCACCAAAACAAGGAGAUCUUCAAGGUGUUUGAGGGUCUGGAGACCAAGGAUCUCGAUCUGGUCCUCGAAGACACCGCUCCCAGUCACCUCGAAAACGGGGCCAAAGACGUAUCGAACGGUGACGCGCCGCCCGCUGGCGUUGGAAAAGGCCUCACGAAUGGCGACCAACACAAAGUCCCCUCUAAAGCCAGUGGAGAGGUUGUACUCAACUAA